AUGGCACCAAAGAACGACACUGCAUCGAUGCCGAGUACAAAACCAGACCAGGUGGACACAGGAGUCAGCAAUGUCGACGACCUUCAGCCCGUAGACAGCGAGCUCAUCGGGGAAGAAAAGAUGCUCCGCGAGCAAACAAAGAAGCUCAUCGAGGAAGGGGAGAAGCUUGCCGCGAAGAGAGAUCUGCUCAGAGAGGCCAUGGCCCGACUCUGGGCUUCGCGCAUGCGCCUUCCGGAGGAUCGUGCUCCAACCGAAGAAGAGACCGCAGCCAGUGACAUUCUGUUCGAUUCGGUUGAGACCCUGUUCAAGGAAGCUGGAGAGGAAGAGCAUUUCAAUCACCUUCGUGAGCUCGCUGGCCAUUUCGAAAAUAUGACGGCUGAGGAGCUGGCCGAAUGUAACAAGCAGGUGGAGAAGCUUGGUCAGUUGGACGACGACGCGAAGAUUGAGGCUCUUCGGGACCUUCUAAAGACACCUGCACAGAACAAGGACGAGCGUAUGGUUUGA